AUGGCGAUCUGCGCUCAGUUCUACGGUGUCUUCUGUCUCUUCUCGAUCCAAACUGUCUUGCUCGUAUGGGUGUCAACGCCGACAGCGGGGACCCACCUUUUCCCCCAGCACUACACAAUGAUGCACUGGGCAGGGCGCAUUGAGAAGGAGCUUGAAAAGGUUCUGCAGCAUGUCACCGGGACGCAGCAGAUGAAGUCGAUUUAUAAUGAGAAGAGGAGCCAGUUUGAAAUCAAGAGGAACAAUCCCAAGGACCUGGUGGAGAGGGUGGCGCGGGACAUCUCCAAGUUGCUCAACAACAAGAGGAAAGCCCUCGAGAAGCUGGCCAGGGAGGCGGAGCAGCUUCAGAAGGACCACGUGUGGCAGGACGGCGUGAAGGAGAGUGACAUUUCAUACUACGAUUCGAAAGCGGAUUCGGACUAUACUGAGGACGGGGAAGAGGAGAACCUGUUGGAGAAUCCGUUCUCCCUGGAGCUUGAGUUUGUGGACGAUCCCAAUUUCAAAAACAAGGUCAACUACUCCUCCAGCGCCGUUCAGAUUCCCACAGACAUCUAUAAAGGCUCCCCAGUUAUCCUGAAUGAGUUGAACUGGACCCAGGCGCUGGAAAGGGUCUUCAUCGACAACCGCCGAGAGGACAGCUCUCUGCGCUGGCAAGUGUUUGGCAGUGCCACAGGAGUGACCAGAUACUACCCAGCCACUCCAUGGAGAGCUCCCAAUAAGAUUGACCUGUAUGAUGUCCGCAGAAGACCGUGGUACAUCCAAGGAGCAUCGUCUCCAAAGGACAUGGUCAUCAUUGUGGAUGUGAGCGGGAGUGUCAGCGGACUCACCCUGAAGCUGAUGAAAACCUCAGUAAUGGAGAUGCUGGACACCCUGUCAGAUGAUGACUACGUAAACGUGGCGAAGUUUAGUGAGAAGGCGGAUGCCGUUGUCCCCUGCUUCAAGACCUUGGUCCAAGCCAACGUCCGCAACAAGAAGAUCUUCAAGGAAGCUGUCGUGCACAUGCAGGCCAAAGGGACAACCGACUACAAGUCGGGUUUUACAUUUGCCUUUGAGCAGCUUCUCAACGAGAGCAGUGCCCCGAGGGCCAACUGCAAUAAGAUGAUAAUGAUGUUUACAGAUGGUGGGGAGGAUCGUGCGCAGGACAUCUUUGAGAAGUACAACUGGCCCAACAAGACGGUCCGUGUGUUUACCUUCUCUGUUGGCCAGCAUAACUAUGAUGUUACCCCUUUGCAGUGGAUAGCUUGUGCAAAUAAAGGUUACUACUUUGAAAUUCCAUCGAUUGGCGCCAUCAGAAUCAACACCCAGGAGUAUCUCGAUGUCUUGGGCCGUCCCAUGGUGCUGGCUGGGCCUCGAGCCAAGCAGGUCCAGUGGACCAAUGUUUACCAGGAUGCUCUGGGAUUGGGCCUCGUCAUCACUGGGACGAUGCCAGUCUUCAACCUCACCGCCGAUGGGGGCAACUCACAGAACCAGCUCAUCCUGGGAGUCAUGGGAGUAGAUAUCGCGAUCAACGAAAUAAAAAAGAAGACGCCAACAUACAGGCUUGGGGCCAACGGCUACACCUUUGCCAUCGACCCAAAUGGUUAUGUACUGCUGCAUCCUAACCUACAGCCCAAGAUCAUUAACUUCAGGGAGCCUGUCACUCUGGACUUUCUGGAUGCAGAGCUGGAGGACAGCAACAAGGAGGAGAUCCGUCGACAGAUGAUUGAUGGCAAACCGAGUCAAAGAAAAAUCAAGACACUCAUUAAGUCAGUUGAUGAGAGGUACAUCGAUGAGGCCGUACGGACAUACACGUGGACACCUGUGGAUGGCACACAUUACAGUCUAGGGCUGGUACUGCCCACGUACAGUGAGAACCACAUCAAGGCCAACCUGAGUGACCAGAUCCUGCAGGUGCAGUUGCCAUACACCAAGGAUUUUGAAUCACUGCUGCCAAACAGUUUUGAGUCUGAAGGACAUGUAUUCAUAGCUCCCAGAGAAUACUGCAAUGAUCUUGAACUGUCCAACAACAACACCGAGUUCCUGUUGAACUUCAUUGCCCUCAUGGAAAAGGUGACACCCGACUCCAAACAAUGUGACAAUCUGCUGCUUCACAACCUGAUUCUGGACACUGGCAUCAUCAGACAACUGGUGGAGAAAGUGUGGAAGAACAAAGACUUGAAUACGUAUGGGUUUUUGGCGGUGUUUGCUGCGACAGAUGGUGGCAUCACUCGAGUGUUUCCAAACAAGGCUGCAGAGACCUGGGAGGAGGACCCCGAGCCGUUUAAUGCCAGCUAUUACCGCCGCAGUCUGGAUAACAAGGGCUACAUCUUCCGAGCGCCUUAUCGAACAGCAAGGGAUGAGCUGCUGAACCCAGAGAAUGACACCAUAGGGGUCCUGGUCAGCACCGCUGUGGAGAUCACAGUAGGGGGGAAGACCAUCAAGCCAGCAGUCGUCGGAGUGAAACUUGACCUCGAAGCCUGGGUGGACAAGUUCAAGAUUCUUGCCAGCAAUCAUACCGACAACCGUCAAGGCUCAAACACGUGUGGACCAAACAGUGGCUGUGAGAUGGACUGUGAAGCCAACAGUGAUGAUCUCCUGUGUUAUUUGAUAGAUGAUGGCGGAUUCCUGAUCAUGUCAAAUCAGAAAGAUGACUGGAACAAGGCGGGCAUGUUCUUCAGCGAUGUGGAGCCCUACCUGAUGUAUGCCUUGUACAACAACUCCUUCUACAAUCGCAAGCAGUCUUUUGACUACCAGUCUGUGUGUGAUCCCAUACCCAGCAGCAACACCGGGGCUGCACCCAGAGGAGCGUUUGUGCCCUCCAUUGCAGACUUUGUGAACCUGGCUUGGUGGACAUCGGCAGCGGCAUGGUCCUUGUUCCAGCAGCUCAUAUAUGGGAUGACCUACCACAGCUGGUUCAUCACAGAUGAGGUGGAGGCAGACGGGAUGGACUCCAGGGAAAGGAGCUGUGUGAUGAUCCAGACCCAGUUUUACUUCAGUGAUAUCAGCAGCUCCUACAACGUCCUGCAAGACUGUGGCAACUGCUCCAGGCUGAUUCACGCCAAGAGGAUAAACAACACCAACCUGCUGUUUGUGGUGGCGGAGAAGAUGCCCUGCAACACGUGUGAGAUAGAGAAGCUGUCCCAGGAGGAGGAGGAGUACAAGGACGAUAACCCCUGUAAAGACAUGAGCAUGGCUCGGUAUCGAAAAGGGCCCUCCACCUGCUUUGACAAUAAUCGUGCUGAGAACACGUCCGACUGUGGACGGGGCCACUCCCUCCGCCCCUCCUUCUACGCCCUGCUGGCCCUUCAGCUGCUUCUGCUCUACCCGGUCGCCAGUCCACAUAUUUUGUCUCUGCUACCUUAA